AGAGAGUUCUAUUUUAUGAGUUACCAUUAUUUUCUUCAGAUUUCUCUAGCACUUCUUACUAUACUACUCCAAAGUUACUACUGUUCAUCAAUGGCUGCUGUUGAAGUUUGUGUUAAGGCUGCUGUUGGUGCCCCUAAUGUCCUUGGAGACUGUCCAUUUAGUCAAAGGGUACUUCUGACAUUGGAGGAAAAGAAAGUGCCUUACAAGAUGCACUUGAUCAAUGUUAGUGACAAGCCCAAAUGGUUCUUGGAAGUGAACCCAGAAGGGAAAGUUCCAGUGAUCAAUUUUGGUGACAAAUGGAUUCCAGAUUCUGAUGUUAUUGUUGGACUUAUUGAAGAGAAAUACCCAACUCCCUCUCUCGUUGCUCCCUCUGAAUUUACCUCUGUGGGCUCGAAAAUAUUUCCUACCUUUGUCUCAUUUCUGAAGAGCAAGGAUGCUAGUGAUGGUACCGAGCAGGCUUUGCUUGAUGAAUUAAAAGCUUUGGAAGAGCAUCUCAAGGCUCAUGGACCAUAUGUCAAUGGGCAGAAUAUUUGUUCAGUUGAUAUGAGCUUGGCUCCAAAACUGUACCAUCUUGAGGUGGCUCUUGGCCACUUCAAGAAGUGGAGUGUCCCUGAAAGCUUGAGUCACGUGCGUAACUACAUUAAGUUGCUCUUCGAGCGAGAGUCGUUCAAGAAAACCAAGGCUGAAGAAAAGUAUGUCAUCGCAGGGUGGGCUCCAAAGGUUAAUGCAUGAACUGACUCGAAACUAUAAUGGUGUUUUGCCUCCGGGUAUUAAGCAGUUUGAGGGUGCAGCAUUAUGAAUGUAAUCUAUACUAAGAUCUUAGAAAUCGUUCAAUGUGGUCUGUGGAUCGAUCAUCCUCGUACUACUCCUUUAUGUCUACUAACAAAUGAGUCAUGUUCU